UUGACGACUCUAUGCAUCUGGUGCUGCGGCCUAGGAUCUCUGGUUCCGGCGGUUGCGGGGCAGCCUGGUGGAUGCGACGGUGCGCCGGAUGCGGCGGAGGACCCCGAGCCAAGAUGGCGGCGGCGACAGCGCGCUGGAGGAGACACAUCAGCGAACAGCUGCGGCUCCGCGACCGGCUACAACGACAGGCCUUCGAGGACCUGGUCCAGGCGUACAAUAAACUUCUGGAGAAAUCCGACCUACAAACUGUCCUCGCCGGGAGGUUUCAGGGUGAGAAGUAUGAGUUUCACAACAGAUCCGACACUAGUCCAUUAUCGGAUGGAGUACGGGAUGAGACGACGCAUGAAGUUGCCCAGAUGCGGAUCCGUCACCAGGAAGAGCUCACAGAGCUCCACAAGAAGCGUGGUGAGCUUGCCCAGAAUGUCAUUGAACUUAACAUCCAACUACAACAAAAGGACAAAGAGAUCCAUGCCAAUGAAUCAAAGAUGGCUGACUAUGAGAAACAGAUACAGCAACUGAGUAAUGAGUGUCAGGAGCUGCGAAACAAGCUCCAGGAGCUGGAGCAAGCCAAUCAGACACUGAAGGAUGAAUAUGAUGCUCUCCAGAUUACCUUCACGGCCCUUGAAGACAAGCUGCGGAAAACAUCCGAUGAAAACCGGGAGCUAAUCACACGCUGGAUGGCUGAGAAAGCACAGGAAGCUAAUCGACUAAAUGCAGAAAAUGAGAAGGAUACAUGGAGACGCCAUGCAAAGCUCAAAAAGGAUCUGGCUGAGGCCGCCAAAGAACUGUUGAAUAUUGAUCCUGAGGAUGAUAUAGAGGUGCUUGGUGAAGAAGGGCCUGACACUGCAGAAGAACCAUCAGCGGUGCGAGCUACGCACAGGACUCCCAGAAGGACUUCACAGGCAUCUGGACUCUUGGACUCUAUUGGUAAUAUCUUUGGAAAACGAUCACCCACGUUACAUGGGACUGUGAGUGAUGCCCGCGAUGUCAGUACUGGACCUUGCAAUCAGAUGCAAUUACCUACCACACCACUCCACAUGUUUGACGCUCAUGAUGGAGAGGUGAAUGCAGUCCAAUUUAGCCCAAGAUCCCGAAUGGUGGUGACUGGUGGGACAGACAGAAAGGUUAAAAUGUGGGAUAUCACCUUGGGAAGAUGUGAACUGAAGGGCUCUCUCACUGGCAGUAAUGCUGGAAUUACCAGUCUUGAAUUUGACAGCACAGGAGCAUAUCUGCUUGCAGCCUCCAAUGACUUUGCUAGCAGAAUUUGGACGGUGGAUGAUUCGCGACUACGGCACACAUUAACAGGACACAGUGGGAAGGUGCUUUCCGCAAAGUUUCUUCUGGACAAUGCCCGUAUAGUAUCGGGCAGCCAUGAUCGGACUCUCAAACUCUGGGAUUUGAGCCGUAAAAUCUGCAUAAAAACGGUGUUUGCUGGCUCCAGCUGCAAUGAUAUUGUUUGCACUGACCAGUGUGUUAUGAGUGGGCACUUUGACAAGAAAAUUCGUUUCUGGGACAUCAGGACGGAAAGCAUUGUGCGAGAAUUGGAGCUACAGGGUCGUGUCACGGCGCUCGAUCUCAGCCCAGACCACACGGAACUGCUUACCUGCUCCAGAGAUGACAUAUUAAAGAUCAUUGAUCUACGUACAAAUGUGACAAAACAGUCUUUCAGUUCACCAGGAUUCAAGUGUGGAUCAGACUGGACAAGAAUAACGUUCAGCCCAGACGGAAGGUUCAUCGCUGCAGGGUCUUCAGAUGGAACUCUCUAUGUUUGGAGUGUCGAAUCUGGGAAGGUGGAAAGAUCUUUGGGAAAGCAUCACAGCUCCUCUGUAAACGCAGUAUCAUGGUCGCCAUCUGGGGAGCAUGUGAUCAGUGUGGACAAAGGAAGUCGUGUGGUCCUUUGGUCAGGGAUUUGAGUGAAAGCCACCAGAAGCUGGCCAAGUAGUGCCCUUGCACUCAACGCACCUUCUAGCUACACGGAGGAGAUUGCCCACGACAUGCUUGGAAUUGCAACACAGUAUGGCAGAGUGAGCCUCGUAGAACAUCCCUCUCGUAUAUCUGAGCUGCUGACAAGGCAUUUGGACAAUGGUGGGCUCUUCUGCAUUUACAAUCAUUCACAAGAAGCAUGCUCUCUGCCUGCUGGGGUAAAUCAUUUCAGGUGAUAUCUGCAGGGCUUUUUGCCAUACCAGCUGCUGUGAUUAACUUCAGGACACAAAGCCACUCUACUAGGCCUGGGUUUUCCACCUAAGGUGCCUGGCUGUCUUCGUGCCCUCUGCUUCCUUUUUGUUGCUACCAUAUCAAUCACAGGAUCUGUUGAUAUAUUGUGUCCAUCAUUUCCCUUCCCCAACCUGAGUAAAGAUACUGGUUUAAUUCUUCGGCAGACUCUGGAAUGGGAAGUGCUGAAAGUGAAAUGUAGUUACAGAUGGCUUGUGCUUUGUUGGUGAAAUAGUUUGAAGUGAAGAAUAGCUAAUGCAUUAUAUCGACAAGGAAAGGUGUUUGCUUGUACUGUGAGGGAGUUAUGCACCAUAUUCUAUAUUAUUGUGAGAAGCCUUCCCUGAAAGAGAAAUUUGGUUUCCUACCACUGAGGGCAGAUGUUAAUUUUCAAUUGUUUGUUCUUUAAAUGUGGAAUUACUGCCUUUGUAGCUUAAUUGCACUGAAAUUAUUGCUUGUUCCCAAUUACUCUCAGCUAGUGGUGGGUUGCUGCUGUGAAUCAUGUGAUUAUGCUCCCAUCGCGCUGGUGUCCAAGGGGAUAAACUUCCAAUUAUUAAUCUCCAUUAAGGGUUAAUCUGGCCACAUUUGCAAGAUCAGCAGAACUGCACGGUUUCUCCUCAGUUUUAGCAAUCUACCUGUCAAGUUGCUAUUUACCCUCUUUACUCAUCAUGCACCCAACCUUCCAUAACUUAUCCUGAAUGUUUUCAAUGGUCACUUGUUCCUUGCAUUUUAUUUUCGGCAACUUAGUUUUUAUGAUCAAGCUAAUUUGCAGACUUUAUUCAGAGGACCAGCAUCCAAACUUUGCACUUUAAAGUAUUUCUAGACCCAGUCAAGCAUUGUCCAGCUUCUUGUUCCAUGUAUCUCCUAUAGAGACACCAGGCCACCAUCUGUGUCAUGUGACAUGAUACAGUUGAAUCCCUAAGACAGGUUUCUAGUGUGUAGUCUCUAUCUGAUGAUUGAGAGAAGUGCUUGGGGAGUUAAAAUUGGCAUCAACUCUCCGGUGUUCGGUCAAAAUUGAAGUAGCCAGACAUACUGAAAAUGGCCAUUGUGACCCGUGCUGGAAAGUAUGUCUGUGUGUGUGUUGGGAAAUAUUGAAUGGAAGCAUCUACCUCGUGAUGCACAUCUUUCUCAACCCCCCCCCCCCCCCCCCCCCCCCCCCCCCCCCCCCCCC